AUGACAGAAAAUUCUAGUCAUCGUCUUGUUGUUUUGGGUUCCUCAAAAGUUGGUAAAACAUCAAUUAUACGUCGUUAUCUUUACCAAGAAUUUACUCAAAAAUAUAGAGAAACAGUUGAAGAUCUUCACUCUAGAAAAUUUAUGAUUCAUGGAUCUGAGUUAAACUUAGAAAUUCUUGAUACAAAUUUUAAUUUUCCUGAUAUGCGCAAAGUUGCAAUUUCUUCAGCUUCUGCUUUUAUGAUUGUUUUUAGUGUUGAUAAUGUUCAAAGUUUUAAAGAAAUGAGUGAUUUAUGGAAUGAAAUAACAGCUAUUCGUAGUGAUAUUUCAAGUAUUCCAACUGUUUUUGUUGGUAAUAAAAGUGAUAUGGAAUCUAAAAAAAUAUUUGAAGCCACUGCAAAUGCUUGGGUAUCACGUCUCAAUUCAAAAGUUAAAUAUAUAGAAACAUCAGCAAAAAAUAAUAUUAAUAUUGUUACAAUUUUCAAGUCUCUUUUAGAUUUAAGUGGAUUUGCUAUGAAAGCUUUAGCAGAAAAAGAAGAAUUGCAAAAUGCUGCUAUUGAGGCAAAAUCUCAAAACUCCGGAGGAUUUUUAAAAAGAGUUGGAAGUAUGAAGAAAAAUAACCACGAAGGAAAAACACUUGAGAAAGUUCGUGAAGGUGCAGCAAAUCCAAUUAUAACAUUAUCUACACAACUAUCAACACCAUCUCUUGGCAUUACGGGAGAUUUAAGUAUGCUUAAAAGAAAUUGUUCCUUAAGGAUUGCUCCUGGUAAAGAGAAACGUGAAAAAGAUACAAAUAAAACAUCAAAUAAUGAAAGUAAAAACAUAAGUCGUUCUGGAUCAUUAAUAAGACGAACAAAACACCUUUCUCUCAAAAUUCGUAAAAGUAGUGAUAAAUCAUUAACACAACAAGUUGAUGAAAGUGAUUGUAUUAUUUCAUAA